UUUUGUUUAUUACUGUUCAAACAUUUUAAACUUCAAGUUCUAAAUAUUUUCUAUUUUGUUAUGUCAGUUUGUCAGUUUGGUUGUAGUGUUGAAUAAUUCGAUUUUUUUUUAAAACUCGUGGUUAAAUAUCAGUCUGUACUUAAAAAUACUUCAAAUACCUUAAAUCGUGGAUCAUAGAUAUAUUAAAUGUAGAAUAUCUAAACUGUACUAUUAUCCAAUAUUUUUAUUCUAUAAAAAUUUAGAAUAAGUAUAUAUAUAUAUAUGAGAAUAUAAUACAUAUUGUUAACUAAUUUAUUUGAAUGUAUCAUCUUUGAUAAAAACAGAUAUCAAUGUUUGUAGACGAAAAAAAGUAAUCAUAACUGUUAUAUUAAUUAUAACAAUAUAUACCUACACGCACAAUGUCUCAAAACGAAACAACGUUUGUAGACGAAGAAAAUUUACAUGACCUAGUUAGUUCCUACGAUAUAUAUUACACCCUACUCACUUCCCAAUUCAAUGAAAAUGUAAAAAUAAACUUAAAUUGUUUCAAGUCAUUAGUUUGUCGAAGAUUGGUUGAAUGUGGUUGGAUGGAUGAAGUAACCAUGUUAUGCAAAGAAAAGUUAAAGAACCGUUUAUCUAAAGGACAAGCAGUAAAAUCUAUUACUGAAGAAGAUUUAUUUAAUGAUGUUGCUCCUGAUGCUAGAAGAAUGUUACCAGAUACAAUCAAAAGAGAAUUAAAAGUAAAAGUACAAAAUAAAUUAUUACAAACAGCUGGAUAUUUCGACGAAACAGAUAGUGAAUCGUAAUUCAACAUACAAGUCUUAUCCUAUUAUGUAUACAAAGUAAAAUUAAAAUUUCAUUUUUAUUAAAAUAUUUAAUUCAUCAUAAACGAAAA